CUUUAUCUUGGCUUUGAAAUCUUUGAAUCCUCAUGGCUGUCGCCCCAACCUCUCCAUGUGUCGCCGUCCCCAUCCAUGCGUCCUUGGCAGCUGUGCCUUUUUCCUGUGUGGCUAAGCACACCUGGCGACGGUCCACACGGUCCACGCUUUCAGGGCUGGCACCGGCAGCACCGGCAACGCUCACCGCAGCAGUGGCUCUUUCAUCUGCCUGCGCAUUGCGUGGUCGUCAUUUGCGUCGUCUACGCCGCAGCCGCGAACGGUUUUGGCAGACCUUAGACUUUCGGUCGUGGACCACUGGAGUACAAGAUCCAAAAGCACCCCUUCCCAAAGUAAGCUCCUGUCCAGACAUCAGCGAAACAGAGGUGCGGGAGUUUGAGGAGAAUGGCGUGGUGUUGCUGCGAGGAGUGAUACCUGAGUGGGUGCCAUACUUGAAGCAGGUGACACUGCACCAGAUGGACCAUCCACAAGUCACAGCAGUUCUCACCAGUUUGCGGACCUUUUUCUCUAUGGAUUAUGUUCAAGCAGGGCUUUUUUUGACGAACCAGGGCUAUUUGGAUUUCUGGUAUUCCUCCUGCAUCGCUCAGCUGGUGGCCAAACUCAAGGGCUCCAAGGAAGUACGUCUCAUCGUGGAUCAGCUCAACGUCAAUCCAUAUUUACCACCGUUCACGGAACCAGAGAAGUUCCACACCGAUGUUGGUGUGAUUUCAGCUGUUGCUGAAGAGAAAGAUGUGGUGAGAUGUUGGAUUCCUCUGCAAAAGGCACAAAGACAUGGCCUUGGCACUCUGGAGUUUCAACUGAAGGAUCGACGAAUUCGCUUUCAGGAUGUUGAAGAGGGAGAUGUUGUUAUGUUUACACCGACGAUUCCUCACCGUGUACUCUUUCCUCCGGAUGGCGAAACAUAUGAGCAAGACAGAUGUGUGGUGAUCGCAUCUCUUCAUGCAUCCAACGGUGGGCCACACCCACUUGAAGUGCCGGAAUUUCCUCGACUUUUCCCAGAGCGGGAUGAAAGCGAAGUCCAAGCACGGGCCAACAAAAGGCUGUACUCCAACUUGGAUCGCUACUUUGAGCUGUGGGGCAAACCUACCCAAUUGCUGGAUGAAUGGAUGCAAUUCAUUACUUACCGCUGGGAGUAAAAAGA